UUCAUCUACAUCCAAUUUCAUAUGGUGGACCGAUUCAUAUAAACAAUAUAACUAAAUAAUUUAUACACUCUAGCUAAUUGAAAUGAGAUCACUUGCUACACCACUUACAAUUUUCUUUUGCUCUUCCAUCUAAUGAAAUGUUUCAUUAUUGAUGGAUUGCAACAACCAUGAAAUGGCAAAUAACAUUGUCAUGUCACUUUAAAAUGAAGAAGAGACCCCCAAUGCAGCUCCUCUAAUAGAUCAACAACAAAAAAGACAGAAAUAUAUUGUUGGUCGACGUGUUAGAGUUUCGCAUACAUGAUUGCGGUGACGACGAAGAUUGAUGGGACAAGGAGACCGAAUUGAGAUUUCAAAAUUUUGACCGUUUGUACAGCGUACUUGCUAGUACUUUGUCCGCACUACGUCCACGUUCUCCAGAUCUCCCCUGCUUCAAUCAAGAACAUGGUGGUAAUAAAAGAAGAAAACCAAUCAUCCCAAAACCCGGACAAAAAAAAUAUUAACAAAAAAACAAACAAAAAUAUAUAUAGGGAGAAAGACGCUACGCUACUCUAAUGCUUGCUUGUUGCUUCCGACACUCUUCCCUUCCCUUCCAUCCCCUCUCCCAAAAUUACAAUUUCAACGGGUUUCCGUUCGAAAAAUACAUCGCAUCUUAUCUUCUUGUCUCUGCUCCCCAUUCUCUGUUCCUAAUAAAAAAAAGAAGAAGCCUUUGGCCUCCAUUAAUGGGUUGCAGACGUUAAGGGGACACAACAACGCACCUGCAUACACAGCCAUGUGUUAAAGACUUGUGAUUGAGUGAAUGGGGUUUUCAUGGGCGGUAUUUUGCUUCUGAUUCUUUUCCUUUUUUUCAUUAUUAUUUACUCAACUUCCUGGAUAUCAAACCGUAUCCUCACGCAUUUGUCAACUCCAUAAAUUCCCCCCCUCGUCUUCUUUCCCUACGUACGUCCACUUAAUUCGCAGAACCCAGUUGGGGAAUUCGGUAUUCUCUCCUGUGCUGAGCUCUUCUGGGUUCUUCUCUGCCCCGGAUUUGCAGCUCUUACGUAAGCCCCUGCUUACGUUGUCUUCGUCGUUGGGGUGGGGAUUCCAUUUGGCUCAUCUUUGUUUACCGCUGAAUAUUGUCAUGUAGCGUGGCGAUCUGGCUUCUUCGUCUGCUGGUUAGGUGUUGGUCUAUGGCGUUGCCAAAUGGUUUUUUUCUGUAUGCGUGGCUCUAGUUAGGGUUUUUCCAGUGAGAAAUUAGUCCUUUUGUGCCUCAUUUUCCGUUCUCCCUGGAUCUAUCUCCCCAUCAGUGGAGCGGUGGGGGAGAAAACCCAGAUUUUAGAUUUUUUCGACGAUGUGCAUUUGGGGUUGAAGAAUUCGGUUUAGGCUUGGGGGUUGUGCUCUGAAGUACAAGUAGUGAACUGAAGUGGGUAGGUUGAGGUGUAAAAGGCGUAAAUGGGGCAUUCUGCAGCUGUUUGGGAUUGCAGAACAGCCAUUGAGAUCACCAAGGAUUGGAAUGGCAUCGACCAGGUUAUGCUCCGUAAUCCGCAUGGGGCUUCUGCCAAGGUGAGCUUACAUGGCGCACAAGUGGUUUCGUGGAGGAAUGAACAUGGGGAAGAACUUCUGUUUACAAGCAGCAAGGCGAUAUUGAAGCACCCCAAGGCAAUGAGGGGAGGGAUCCCAAUCUGCUUUCCCCAGUUUGGCAACUGUGGAUCGCUAGAACAGCACGGUUUCGCCCGAAACAAAGUUUGGACGAUUGACGAGUGUCCUCCUGCAUUGCACCCCAAUGAUUCUCAUGGCAAAUCGUUUAUCGACCUUGUCCUUAAAUCAUCCGACGAGGACCUCAAAUGCUGGCCUCAUAGUUUCGAAUUCAGGCUGAGGGUGGCACUGUCGAGUCACGGGGAGUUGUUGCUGAUAUCCAGAGUUAGGAAUGUCAAUGGGAAGCCCUUCAGUUUCUCGUUUGGAUAUCAUGCACAUCUCUCGGUUUCGGACAUCAGUGAAGUGAGGAUAGAGGGGCUUGAAACUCUCGACUACCUCGACAACCUCUCCCGUAAAGAGCGAUACACAGAGCAAGGAGAUGCCAUCACCUUCGAGUCUGAGUUGGACCGCGUCUACCUUGGUGCCCCAAAUGUGGUUGCGGUGCUUGAUCAUGAGCGUAAGCGGACCUAUGUUGUGAGAAAAGAGGGACUACCGGACAUCGCAGUGUGGAAUCCAUGGGAGAAGAAAUCGAAGGCAAUGACCGAUUUCGGAGAUGAUGAGUACAAGCAGAUGUUGUGCGUAGAUGGAGCUGCGAUUGAGAAACCCAUCACGCUGAAGCCUGGUGAGGAAUGGACCGGCCGGAUGGAGCUCUCGGUUGUGCCUUCCAGUUUUUGCAGUGAGCAGCUUUUGUGAUCUCUGAAUUGGUUAGUAGAGAUGGUGGUUCAGGAAGGUUGUUCAAAUCUGUUUCUAUACUGCGGUAGCCAGUGAUGUACUAUUGAGCGUUUUUCUUCUUGAACACAUUGUAUCUAGGAAAACGGAUUGUACUUCAGCUCCACUAGUGUAAAGCCUGUGCUUUUGGAAAAAUAGGCUGGAGUUGGAGUUCCCUGUCAUAUGAAGCGUGUUUGUUUAGGUUAAAACAUUUGUGGAAUUUCGCGGGAUCAAUACAUAUUUGAUCUCUCGAGAAAACAAGAAAAUCAUUGUUACUUAGCUUGCACCUUUUCAAACAUAGUUGGAAUGAAAGUAUUUGAUCCAUACAUGAAACAAAUCUAUAUAACUCUUAUCUUUACUUUUAUGAUUUCUUGAGAGCGCCACGACUAAAAAAAACUUCACGGUAUGUCUCUAAUUCUACAACUUUUCUAAAGAGAGAGAAAAAAUUGAUGAGUUAUCCUAAGCCAUGCUGUACCAUCAGCUGCACUCCUAGCUCCGCCACCAGCGCUUUCGAGGCAUUAUAAAUUGGUUGUUGGCUAGGUAUUGCAUUAUUACGAGGGAUAAAUUGAAUGAAUGUAAUAGGAAAAUAGAUGAUAGAUCGUUGUUGUGUGUGGAGUCAAGAAAGUCAAUCACACAUGUUUUUCGAGUGUGUGUAUUUGAAUGUUGUGUUACAAGAAAGAUUGAGAUUGAUUCAACAAACUUGUGGUGUGUGAUCAGAUUUUCACCGGUUACUCAUGAACUGAUUGUAUUUGAGGUGUUCAAGUGGAUGAUUUCGAUGGACUGGAUAUCGGUUUGACAACCUUGCAUGACACCAAGGACAAGGGACGUUGUGGGGGGCGCGCUCCAUUCACAUAUUUAUCCCCACGUGCUGCUGCACUGUCGUUUGCCGGCUGCUCUCUGUCCGUCUCUACCGAGUGAGGAAAGAAGUUGCUCCUAGCGGAAGUCGUUGGGUUUGUGAUCGGGAGGGAGUGCACGGGGAUUGGGAUUUGGGUGCUAACGGAAAUUGAGAAGUAGAAGUGCCGCCAAUUGGGAUUAGGGUUUGAUAUUUUUGGUCAAGCUUUCUACUAUUUCGUUGGUUGCUGAAGAGGAUUCUGUGGUAGCUGGUUGGUGCGAUGAUGAUGCAAAGGGAUGAUAGGGUUUUCUCGGAUGGUGCUAGAAAAAAUUGAUUUAGGGUUUGUUGUGUCGUCAUGCCCGUUCUUGUUCGUUAUUACUGCCCUUUUGUCGGUCUCCAUGAGUGCCAAGAUGGUCGGAGGAAGAUUUGUGAUGGGCAUUAUACUGCUCUUGUUCGAGUGCUUUCUUCAUUGGGUGUUCCUCUUAUUCUGAUGCCAUUCUUUUAGCUCAGCAAGAUAAGCAUGCCCUCGUCCCAUCUCCCUCUCUACCAGCUUUACCUUUGGAUCAUCAUCCUCUUGGUGCCUCUUCGGCUAUUUCUUGAAUAUGAUUAGGAGCUUCCCUCGUGGUACGUCUUGCGGGAGGGGUGGUUUUCAAGCUCAACAUUUUAUGGAUUGUUUGGGUGAUGUUGUUGUUGCUAUCUUGGAUUAUUUGCACGUCUCUAUUACUCUGGUGGUUAAUCUUUUCCUUGAGGGUCGUUGUCCACAGCCCCUCGGUGAGUACAUUGCUAGCGCUUCGCUCACGCCGCUUGUUAAACCAGGGGUGGUAUCUGUAGCUGUUGAUAUUGUUUGGAGACGUCUUGUCUCUAAGGUUGGUGCUUGUCUUGUUGCCCCUACUUUAUCUGGUUAUUUUGAUGGUCUUCAGUUUGAGGUUGGAAUUUAUGGUGGAGGAUAGGCUAUUUUCCAUGCCUUGAACCGGUUCGUUGAGACCCAGAGUGGUGACGUAGGUUUUUCUAUGUUGCUGGUUGAUUUCCAGGUGGCUUUCAAUUUAGUUGAUUAUGGGACCAUGCUUUAAGAAGUUCACCGUCAUUGCCCGGUUCUAUCAUGAUGGGUAAAGUUCUGUUACUCUAGCCCUGCCCGUCUGUAUUAUGGCAAGCAUAGCUUAUGGUCUUGCCAGGGGGUUCAGCAGGGAGACCCUUUGAGCCCUUACUUUUUGCUUUGGUGUUGCAUCCCUUAGUGUGCAAUAUUAGAGGCUCUUUUGAUCUGAGUAUGGAGGCUUGGUAUUUGGACGAUGACACCAUUGUGUGGGACACUUGAGUUGUUAGGAAGGUCAUAGACAUUAUUAUGGAUUAAGGCCCUCGAUUUGGCCUUCACCUAAACGUGAGUAAGACAGAGGUGUUCUGGCCUACCGAGCAUCAUAGCAGUCGGCUUUCGGGUGUUUUUCAAGCCUCUAUUGCUCGCCCUUCGCAUGGUGUCACCUUUCUGGGUGGUCUUAUCAGUUCUUGUCCUGAUUUAAGCAGUGAGCUUGUGGCGAAGAGAGUUACCAAGACCGUUGAGCUGAUGGACUUGGAUCAUGAAUUACGUGUUGAAAUUUGAAUUUGGAUUAUGAAUUCAUGAUGAAUUUUCUAUUAUAUUAAUGAUAUUUUUAUAUUUUUUAUAUUCACAAAGUAGAAGUGUAGUUAACUUUUUUUCUUCCGAAUUAUUUGUAUGACUAUAUUGUAUUAUUUAAAAAGGACAUCAUUUUUUUUUAAAUAUAAAAUCACAUGUGGA